UUCAUAACUUGCAAAUAAAAGAAAACAACAAAAGGCAAAUACAGUUUGUGAAAAGCUAAUCAAAAUGGUCCCCUCCACAAAUUGGUCUUUAGUGCAAAAAAAAACUAGCACUUGCUUGCUUAUGAAUGGUCAUUAUUUGCUGUCACUUAUGUGUGUAUGUCCAAUCAAAUCUAUAUUUUGAUUGCCAUGCAGCACUACCAGUUCUAUAUGUGGGAAAGAUUCUCAUAAUGAAGAGGAUAUCGGUAUUUCAGAGCAAGAUAGAGGCUAUGUUGAUGAUCAAUCAAAUGUCUUAUUUAAUUACCACCCUUUCAUGGAUAAAACACCCAUUGCAAGGUGGUCAAAACAAGACACAGUUGUUUUACGAGGGAAUUCAACAAUUUGGAACUGAUCUAUCAAUGAUACAACAGCUUUUCCCUGGACAAACACGUCAUCAAAUCAAGUUGAAAUUUAAGGAGACUCAACAUGCAUUAAGGCUCUCUGAAGCUCUGAGCAGCCGUACUAAAGGUGAAACCAGUCUGCACUGUUUCCUUCUCUUUUCGGUUUUUGGGGCCAUCAGAGAUAAUAUUGUCCUUUCCAUUAGGCACGACGAAUUGUGUAAACCUAUAAUCUCACCAGCGCCAUCGACACAUAGCAAAAGAUGGGAACACAAAUGCACUAGUGUACGACAGUUGUGGCUUAUAUUAGGCUUUGUUUUACAGCAACUUACUAUAUUCAAGUUGUUUGCCAUAAACGUUGCGUUUAAAUGUUGUUGCGACCUGAGUUUCUCUUGCAGAUCAUUCAUAUUAUGAAAAAGUGAUUGAGCAGCUGCAACAAGUUGCUGCUCAGGCAGAGGAAGAGUCUAACCGAGGCAACUCAGUCAGUUUGACAGAGGAGGAGCCAGAGUUGAAUCCUGAAACUAAUGGAGCAUCAACAGUUGAAGCUCAGGAUGGAGAUCCUCUCAAGUAUGAUGAAGAGGAAGAAGACGAUGACUUGAAUAUAUGGGGCUCAUAUAAAAGUGAAUUUUGAUUAUCAUAUUUAAGAUUGAUAUUUAUGUGUAUAUUGCCUUUUUUUUUUCUUUUUUUGACUAUUUUUAACAGGAAUAAUGGAAAAUAAAUUACUUGGUUGUA